AUGCAAGGAAUCAGCAAUGCGUGUGUGUGGACGUUGGGAGGCUCGCUUGUAGUAGAUCGAUUCCCUAUAGAGGAAUUAGGAAAACAGAUGGGAAUUGUUUCCGUGUUUCAUUUUGUAGGAAUGCUGUCUGGGCCAGCUAUAGGCGGAGGUGUGUUUAUUAUUAAAUCUACAUGA